AUGUCUACAACUAAUGACGUUGCCGCUUUUGAACUUGACACUCGGUCAACCCGGCGCUCUGUGGACCAGCAGUCUGUAGGCCAGCAGUCUGAAACCCAUCGGUCUGAAGAACAGCAGCCUGAACGUGAACGAGUUGCUACAGCUCCUAUUACAGCCACUGAUAUCCUUAGGGAGCCACGACUUCUGCGAGCCUAUAACAGCUUGAGCGUACACGAACGAAGAUCAUACGCUCUUAUCGACAACAAUAAUGAGAGACGCAGGUUUUUGGAGUUCAUUCUCGACGAGAAAAAAAAAUUGCGAUAUUACCUCGGUCUUAUUUUCGCGACCCUCAGCUUAGUUGGUGUCAUUGGCGGUAAUUACUGGGCCUAUACUAAAAAAGACGAUGAAGACUUUUUAAAACGCUGGGACAAUUAUAAAGCGGGCAGCGAUUUUAAUUUAAUUCAAAUGUUCAUAAUUUUUGUAGUUCGACUGGUCACUCUGUUAAUAUUAAGAGUGACAAAUCAAUUACUUAAUAGAUUUAAACGAAAAGUAUACUUUAUAAGUCCAGUAGUUAUUGGUGUCGUGUUAGCGAUAGUGGGAGGGCGAACCUGGACUGUACCACCGGUCUCGAUUCCUUUUAUAGGAGUCGGGCUUUUAUUUUCCGAAACCAUGUUGCAUUAUUUGGAUGUUAACGGACAAUAA